UAUUGACCCAUUGCCCAUUGACUUCCUCCAUCAAUAAAAAAGAAAAUAAUAAGCGUUGAAGUUGAAUUAUUCUCAGCAGACAGCAAUUCUCUAAUCACUUGUGAUGAGGUCUCUCACGCCAACCGGAGCCAACAAGGCAGAGAGAGUAAAUCAACAACUGGGUUCUCUGUCGCUUACCGGAGAUAACAGGGCAUGGAGAACAAAUCAACCUCCCUUAUUUAGCAGUGGAUUAGAGUUGGCAGAUGUGGUGGUGAACUCUGAUCUUCUUCGCCAUUGUUGGGAUGCAAUCUGGGGUCUUCACAGAGAAAUCAAUUCCAAUGGAGAAACAAGAAUCCUACCAUUUUCUUUGAAGUAUGAAGUUAGUCAGCUGCCUGAAUUCACCAUUAUAGCCUUUUCUACUUCUCCCACUUGUACCAGAGAUCAUCUUCAUGGAGGAGAGAAGGAUUUGGUUUCAUCUGCAGCUCUCAAGGAGACUUUCCCUCUGUUUGAGUUCCUCCUCACCAAAGGAUCGUUUUCCAUUCAUAAAGUUGCAAUUACCCUUUUGGCUUCCCUCCAUGAGGAGCUCUCUGAACUGAAAGAUAAGUAUGAAAAUGCUGCUCCUUUAAUUAUCACCGGACAUUCUUUGGGAGGAUCAAUUGCCUCACUCUUCACUCUCUGGCUGCUUGGAAGUGUCAGUCGGUCAGCCACAAAGCAACCUCUCUGCAUCACAUUUGGUGCACCUCUCAUUGGUGAUAAUGGCCUUCAACAAGCCAUUCUGGAGCGCUUGACAUGGAACUCUUGCUUUCUACAUGUGGUUGCUAACCAAGACCCAGUUCCAAGACUCUUCAUUGCACCCCAUAUUACAGAUUACAAGCCUUUUGGUACAUUUCUCAUGUGUUCUGAUUUCGGCUCGACCUGUAUAGAGGACCCUCUGGCAGUUUCAGAGUUAUUGCUGGCGACGGGAUCAGGAAGUGGAGUAAAUCAAGUUAUUCCUGGUCCAGGAGAAUGGCGAAUAGGCGACUAUGGGAGCGUUGUGGAGCAUCUAAAGUCGAGAAUGUGGCUCAAGGGGAUCUCACAGCUCGAUGAAGCGACAAUGACUUCGCUUCGAGCUGCAAUAAUCUUACAACUAGAUGCAAUUGGAAUUAGGGGAAGUCAGCAAACAAGUGCAGUCAACACUUUGAUAGAGAAAAUGGAAAAAUGGGAGGAGGCUUCUGCGCGCGAGAAAAGGUUUCUUGAUCCCACCAAGAAACUGAAUGAAGUGAAGAUAACAAUGGCACUCCUAGAAUGGUACAAGAAGAAGUCAAAGGAUAACAAUGUAGGCUAUUAUGACAGUUACAAGAACAGGGGAAGUAGAGCUGAUUGGGAUGUUGCUAGGCGGAAGAGAGUUCUCACAAACUACUGGAAGAAGAAGGUUGAAGAAGCCGAAAAACGGCCUCAAAAGGAAGGGUCAUCACUUCGGAAACGAUGGCUCUUUGCAGGAACAAAUUACAGAAGGAUGGUUGAACCUCUUGACAUAGCUGAGUAUUAUGGAGAGAAAGGACAAAAGGACUACAAAACUAAAGCAAGAUCAAGACAUUAUAUUCUGUUAGCAAAAUGGCUGGAGGAGGAAGCCAAUAAACCUGAAGACUCCCCAAAUCUUGUUAAGAAACAGAAUGUGGAAGCCAUUCUAACGGAGGAUUCUUGCUUUUGGGCCAAUGUGGAGGAGGCUAUCAUUUCAUGUAGGUUGUUGAAAGAUGAGGAAACCAGUGAUUUGGCUAAAGAAUUGUCAAGAGAGAGUCUGAUUGAGUUUGAGAAAUACGUAAUGAAAUUAAUCAAGAACUACGAUGUAUCUCCCGAGAUCUUCUUGAGUAAGAGCACUUUUAUGCAAUGGUGGAAAGAAUACGAGGGGCUUACGAUGAGAACUUCAUAUGAUUUACCACUCACUGACUUCAUGAAAACUGGUAAGUUUAAGGAAUAUUCAAGUGGUUGCUUAUAGCUCUCUAGUAAAAACACUCAUGAUUCAUGAAUGUAUUUUUGAGAAAAAAGGAAAGGGAAGGAACAGUUGUGUAUUCACUUAGGUUGUGGUGAAUGCCUUUGAACUAUAUAUAAUUGGUUCCUCUAUAUAAUUCAUCAGUAUAGAUUGGAUGUGUC